AUGCACAAGGCUCUGGCUAGUGCGCCGUAUGACACUCAUAAGCUCACGGCAAUCACAGGCCCCGUGGUGCGAGUGGGCCCCAAUGAACUCUCUUUCGCAUCCCCUGACGCCGCGCUGGAUAUUUUCCGGACAGGACGGGGAUUCCAGAAGACAGAUUUCUAUACUGUGUUUCUCCCUGACAACAUCAAGGAUAUAUUCACCGAGAUCCGAGAAAAAGUACAUGCCAAAAAGAAAAGAUUUGCGGUUCCGCCCUACAGCCUCGCAUCGGUAAAGCAGCAGACCGAGCAGAUCGAAAGGCUCACAAUGGAUUUGAUCUCUGUAAUGGAUUCCACUGCUGCCAAAAAUCAAACGGCGAGCUUUGAUCUCGGUAGUUGGCUGCACUUUUUGGUCAUAGAUGUGCUUGCACAGUUCGCCUUUGACAAACCAUUUGGAUUCAUCAAGAAUGGGAGAGACAUCGAUCAAUUUCUUGAGGGUGUCAGUCAAGCGCAGUACGAGAGCUCCAUUCUCGGCCAAAUACCGAAAAUUGAGCGGCUCACGCGGUCGAACCCAAUCUGGAAUCACAUCCCAUUUCUGCCGAAGAGUAAAUUGAGUCUCGCGCCAGAAACCGCAAAAUCAGUCCUAAAGGAAUUUCAAGAGGGAGACAGCGAGAAAUCAAAAACAUCCGUCUGCCUGUUGAAGUCUCUUCUGGAUGCACUUUCCAGAAAUCCAGAAGAUUUUGGAAUGCAGGAUGUAAUGGCAAUCUCCAUGGGGGCCAUUGCCGCUGGCUCAGAUACUACCGCAUCGACUAUGCAUAGCUUUUGCUGGAACGUACUCGCACACCCCAUGGUUCACGAGAAACUCGUUGCAGAGCUGCUUGAUGCAUCGCUCUCACCUAUGGUACAGUACGAUCAAGCAAUCACACUUCCAUAUUUCCAGGCGUGUCUCAAAGAAACAAUGCGCUUGCAACCUGCGCUUCCUUUUAACAUGACUCGUACAGUCCCAGAUGCUGGUGCCACAGUAGACGGUAUAAAUUUGCCUGGCGGCACCAGGGUUGCGGUCAGUGCAUGGGUAAUACACCGCGACGAAUCGGUCUUUGGGCCUAAUACUAGCUCAUUCAACCCUGAAAGAUGGCUCGAAGCUGAUUUUGAUCGGCUAAAGAAGAUGGAAAGAUGCAUGUUCCAGACCGAACCCUGCCAGAACCUUUCGGCGACCCAACACAAAUCUGAUCAUGAUUGGACACAGUUUGGAGGCGGAUCUCAUACCUGUAUCGGCAGGCACCUAGCCCUUUUUGAGUUAAACAAAGUUCUGCCUCAGAUAUUCUAUCGAUAUGAAAUGGACCUGGUUGAUCCAAAGAAGCCAUUAGAACAUGUGACUAGGUUGUUUUACAACCAGACAGGGCUUCAUGUCACUUUGAAAAUGCGCGACAUCUAA